AGAUGAACCAGGUCACUGCAUUUGUGGAUGCCUCACACACCCAUGGCUCAGACAAGUGUGAACAGAGACAGCUGAGAAUGCUAACGGUCACGCUUGCCAAGAUGCUCUGCGAUAACUGUGAUAAUGUGGAGAGUGAGCAGCGGUCCGUCUUUGACCUUCCUGACCCCUUCCUGAACCCUCGUGUGUCCCACCGUGACCUGCCGGGGAUCAACCCGGAGCUGUGGAAGGAGCGCGUGUCAUGUGGGGUCGGCAAGACUGAUAUUGACAUCGGGGCAGCCGAGCGCAUAUCACCCUGUGUCAUGUGCACCUGUACCAAGGAAGGGAAUUGAAUGGCUGAACGGACAUCUCUGGCGUCUUGGUCUGCUUUCGGCACACUGCACACUCUG